AGUUUGGCUUGUUAACAUAUUGCUCACUGGGAACGAUCACCAACAGCUGCUUCACACGAAAACAAGAACGAGACAGUGAAUCAUAGCAUAAUCAACAAACAAAACAUCUCCCUGGAGUAUCCCUGGACAUUGUAAAUCCCCUUAAACUGCAGUUGCAUCAUUUCACCAUUGCACCAACUUUUCUUACCAACUAGAGUCGUGCCCGUGCUUCCGCGAUCAUGUCGUCCGCAUCCGGAUCGGAAGUGCAACCGGCAGAGAUGCCGUACAUGCCAGAACUUGCCGUACUCGAUGCACGGAUCCGAUCGUUCGAGAGCUGGCGCUUUGGUCACAUACAAAAUCCGACCCGGCUGGCGGUGGCCGGAUUCUACUACACCGGCACGGACGAUGAGGUGCGCUGCUUCCAAUGUGACGCUGGCCUCCGGGAUUGGCUUGUGACCGAUGAUCCCUGGCAGGAGCAUGCCCGAUGCUUUGCGGAGUGCAGUUUCUUGAGGCUCGUGUUUGGCGCCGACACCGUCGACGAGGUGCUCCGGAACGGGAUCGCUGGAUUUAAGAACGGUGCCAAUACGGCAACCACGCCCAGUGCAACGGUUUCAGGUCCGAUCGAUGAAACGUCCAGCGAGCUGGCACAACGGUUGAGAGAGGAAAACAAACGCAUGAAACAAGAGCGAGAAUGCAAAAUAUGUUUGACGCAGGAAGCGGAGGUUGUGUUCAUGCCCUGUGCCCAUCUAUUAUCCUGCGUACAGUGUUCUACGGGCGUCGAUAACUGUCCGGUGUGUCGCGCGGUGAUUACCCAUCGGUUUCGGGCAUUCAUUUGCUAAGUUCUGCUUGAAGUGACAUAAGCCAUUAUUUAUUUUAAAAACAUUUUACAUUAUGUUACCAUUGUAACCUUAUAAGAAUAAUCAAUUUCACUAUUUUAAUGAACUUUCUCAAAGUAUAAAAAAAACAAAUUUUGAACACCUUUAAAAAAACAUUAAAGUACAUUUUUUCUUCAAUGUGCAGGCUCUUCGAGGUUCCUUAAAGGUGCGCGCUAGGGAUUCUAGGGUCGUAUUGUAACACGAGCUACGCUAUUGGCUUUAAAAAAUCUAAAAUAUCCGCCUGAACUGUUCUUCUGUGAAAUGCUACUUAUAAAUUACAGCUGAUUACCAACGGUAUAUGAUGAUGAUGAUUAGUUCCUAUGUAUUUCAUUAUUUGAAUAAAAAAAAGUUUGACACAAA